UUAUGGUUUUAACAAUACUACCACAGAAGGAGAAUGUGCUUUCAAUGCUCACGCUAAUGUCAACUGGAUACUUUUGUUGCUAACUUCGUUGAUGCCAAAACGCAAAGAUGUCGACAGCAAUGAAUUUUAGUUCAAAAACGUUCCGCCCUCGUGCGCCGGACAAGGGCGCUUUUCCUCUGGAUCAUUUUGGAGAAUGCAAAGCUUUCAAAGAUACAUUCAUGCACUGCCUCAGGGUAAACAGCUUCGAUAACUCCAAGUGUCGACUGCAGUCCAAAGACUAUCUAGAAUGCAGGAUGGACAAUCAGCUGAUGGCCAGGGAGCCUUUGGAAAAGCUGGGCUUCAAAGACAUCAUGGAUGAACCAAGCAGUGAGAAGCCAGAGUCCAAAUCAUCAGGACAAUAAGCCUGCUCUCUGAGAAACACACAGAUGGGGACAUAUUAUCUAAUGUUCCUAGACCUUGUACAUAAAUUGUUACGUUUGUGUAAAUGAUACCCCAUUACCAAAAUAUUGUAUAUAUAAAAUGUCAGUUGAUGUAAA